CUCCCCCUCGCCAUUCAAAAGGGCUGGCUCGACACUGGCUCCUUGCAGUCGGCGAACUGUCAGGGCGGGAGGAGCUGUGAGCCAGAGCUGCACGCAGCGGCCCGCGCGGCAAAGCGGAAGGCGAGGCGAACAGAGUGCGCAGAGUGGCAGUGGCAGCGGCGAGCCAGGCGGCAGGCACAGGCAGCCCAGGCAGCCCGGGCGGCCCCGACAGCCUCACAAACAGCCUGCACGACACCAGCUGCUCCGCGGACUGCGAGCUGUGGCGGUAGAGCCCGCUACAGCAAUCGCAGUCUCCGUGGAGCGGGCGGAAGCCUUUUUUCUCCUUUACGUUUCCCUCUUCAUUCUACUCUAGAGGCUUCGUUCACUGAGAAAAUCCUUUUGUGAGUAAGAAGGAAUCCACAGAUCACUUGCCAGAGAGGUCUUGCCUCAGCUGCUCUCAACUUUGUUAUCUUGUGAAGAAGCUGACAAGCUUGGCUGAUUGCAGAGCACUAUGAGGACUGUACGAAAGUGGGUUUUAAUUCAGAUAUUUCAAGUAUUCUGCGGGUUGAUACAAAGAACUGUCACAAUUGUGCCUGGUAUGGACUUGUUGUCCGGGACGUAUAUAUUUGCGGUCCUGUUAGCAUGCGUCGUGUUUCAGUCUGGCGCCCAGGAGAAGAACUACACGGUCCGAGAAGAAAUGCCAGAAAACGUCCUGAUAGGCGACUUGUUGAAAGACCUCAACUUGUCGCUUAUUCCAGACAAGUCCUUGACAUCGCCAAUGCAGUUCAAACUAGUCUACAAGACAGGAGAUGUGCCACUGAUUCGGAUUGAAGAGGGCACUGGUGAAAUCUUCACUACUGGCGCUCGCAUCGAUCGUGAGAAAUUAUGUGCCGGUAUCAUGCUGGAUGCCCGUUGCUUUUAUGAAGUGGAGGUUGCCGUUUUGCCGGAUGAAAUAUUUAGACUGGUUAAGAUACGUUUUCUGAUAGAGGACAUAAAUGACAAUGCACCAUUAUUCCCGGCAACGGUUAUCAACAUAUCAAUUCCAGAGAAUUCGGCUAUAAACUCUCGAUAUGCUCUCCCAGCGGCAGUUGAUCCUGAUAUCGGAAUAAAUGGAGUUCAAAAUUACCAACUAAUUAAGGGUCAAAAUAUUUUUGGGCUUGAUGUCAUUGAAACACCAGAAGGAGACAAGAUGCCACAACUGAUUGUUCAAAAGGAAUUAGAUAGGGAAGAGAAGGAUACCUAUGUGAUGAAAGUAAAGGUUGAAGAUGGUGGCUUUCCUCAAAGAUCCAGUACCGCUAUCUUGCAAGUAAGUGUUGCUGAUACAAAUGACAACCGCCCAGUCUUCAAGGAAAAUGAGAUUGAAGUCAGUAUACCUGAAAAUGCUCCUGUAGGUACUUCAGUGACACAGCUCCAUGCUACAGAUGCUGACAUAGGUGAAAAUGCCAAGAUUCAUUUCUAUUUCAGCAAUCUAGUCUCCAACAUUGCCAAGAGACUGUUUCAUCUCAACACGACCACUGGACUUAUCACAGUCAAAGAACCACUGGAUAGGGAAGAAGCACCAAGCCACAAGUUACUGGUUUUGGCAACUGAUGGUGGAUCAAUGCCAGCAAGAGCAAUGGUAUUGGUAAACGUUACAGAUAUCAAUGAUAAUGUCCCAUCGAUUGACAUAAGAUACAUCAUCAAUCCAACAAAUGGCACCGUGGUUCUUUCAGAAAAUGCCCCACUCAAUACCAAAGUUGCUCUCAUAACUGUGACAGAUAAGGAUGCUGACCAUAAUGGUAGGGUGACGUGUUUCACAGAUCAUGAAGUCCCUUUCAGAUUAAGACCAGUAUUUAGUAAUCAGUUCCUCCUGGAGACUGCUGCAUAUCUUGACUAUGAGUCCACUAGAGAAUAUGCCAUUAAAUUGUUGGCUGCGGAUGCUGGCAAACCUCCUUUGAAUCAGUCAUCCAUGCUCCUCGUCAAAGUGAAAGAUGAAAAUGACAAUGCUCCAGUUUUCACCCAGCCUUUCAUAAGUAUUUCUGUUCCUGAAAAUAACUCUCCUGGCACUCAGUUGACAAAAAUAAGUGCAACCGAUGCAGACAGUGGGCGGAAUGCUGAGAUCAAUUACCUGCUGGGCACUGAUGCUCCACCUGAAUUCAAUCUGGAUCAUCGUACAGGCAUUCUGACUGCAGUAAAGAAACUAGAUAGAGAAAAACAGGAAAAAUAUUACUUCACAGUUCUGGCAAAAGAUAAUGGCAUUCCACCCUUAAUAACUAAUGCCACAGUCUUAGUGACUGUUCUUGAUCAGAAUGAUAACAGCCCAAUUUUCACUCACAAUGAGUACAACUUCUAUGUCCCAGAAAACCUCCCAAGACAUGGCACAGUGGGACUCAUCACUGUAACUGAUCCUGACUAUGGAGAGAAUUCUGCAGUCACUCUCUCCAUUGUAGAUGUGAAUGAUGAGUUCACCAUUGAUCCACAGACUGGUGUCAUCCGACCAAAUAUCUCAUUUGAUAGAGAAAAGCAAGAGUCUUACACUUUCUAUGUAAAAGCUGAGGAUGGUGGUAGGGUAUCACGCUCUUCAACUGCCAAAGUAACCAUUAAUGUGGUUGAUGUCAAUGACAACAAACCAGUUUUUGUUAUCCCUCCUUCCAACUACUCCUAUGAAUUGGUUCUACCAUCUACUAAUCCAGGAGCAGUGGUCUUUCAGGUAGUUGCUGUUGACAAUGAUACUGGCAUGAAUGCAGAAAUUCGUUACAGCAUUGCAGGGGGAAACGCAAAGGGUCUGUUUAUAAUUGACCAAACAUCAGGAAAUAUCACACUGAAAGAGAAAUGUGUUGUUGCUGACCUUGGUUUACACAGAUUGGUAGUAAAAGCUAAGGACUUAGGACAACCUGAUUCCCUCUUCAAUGUUAUAGUUGUCAAUCUGUUCGUGAAUGAAUCAGUGACCAAUGCUACACUGAUUAAUGAAUUGGUGCACAAAAGCAUUGAAACACCAGUGACACAAAAUGUUGAGACAGCUGAUGCAUCCUCACCAACCAGUGACUAUGUCAAGAUCAUGGUUGCCAUUGUUGCUGGCACCAUAACUGUCAUCCUAGUUAUUUUCAUCACUGCUGUCGUAAGAUGUCGCCAAGCACCACAUCUUAAGGCUGCUCAGAAAAACAAACAGAAUUCUGAAUGGGUUACCCCAAACCCAGAAAACAGACAGAUGAUAAUGAUGAAGAAAAAGAAGAAGAAGAAGAAGAAGAAUGCCCCUAAGAACUUGCUGCUUAACUUUGUCACUAUUGAAGAAGCAAAGGCAGAUGAUGCUGACAAUGAUGGAAACAGUGUCACACUUGACCUUCCCAUUGAGCUGGAAGAGCAAACCAUGGGCAAGUACAACUGGGGCACAACACCUACCACAUUCAAGCCUGACAGCCCUGAUUUGGCCCGACACUACAAAUCUGCCUCUCCACAGCCGACCUUCCAGAUCCAGCCUGAGACGCCCCUGAAUUCUAAGCACCACAUCAUUCAGGAACUGCCUCUCGAUAACACCUUUGUGGCCUGUGAUUCCAUCUCCAAGUGCUCCUCCAGCAGUUCUGAUCCCUACAGCGUUUCUGAGUGCAGCUAUCCGGUGACAACCUUCAAGGCCCCUGUGUCUGUACACACCAGACCGACUGAUUCCAGGACAUCAACUAUUGAAAUCUGCAGUGAGAUAUAACUUUCUAGGAACAACAUAAUUCCAUUCCUUUUCCAAAAUAUUUCAAUGAUUUGUGAUUUCAAAAUUUGGCUAAGAUUAUUAAUUUUUUAAUCUGGGUUUCCCACUAUAAAAGCAAACAAAACAAAAACCACAUUAAAAAUGAUGCCCCAGUCGAACCGUGUGUUUCUUUAGCUGUAAUCUGGAGAACAAAGCUUAAAAUUUAUGGAAGAAACAGUGCAGUGCAGUAAUGGAGUUCUAACAUGCUGUUUCUAUGUUUGCUUGCUCUGAAUUUAAACAAUGGUAAUGUAAUAGAAUGCUGUCUUGUACAUACUGAUGGUUAAUGUAUCAAUCAUGAAACCUGGAAUUACUUGCCCAGUCUGAUUGCUGAAGAAUUUAAACAUCAUAUCCAGGAGUUUGGAAAUGAAGCUGAACUAUCCAAACUGCCCUCUUAAAGGUAUCCAGGGAAAGAGAUAUUUUUAAGACCAACCAAACAAAAAAAAUGAAAACAAAAACUUCAGUGCUUUGAACUAGCAUAGUGUUGCCAAGAAAAUCGUUAUAAUUAUCCAGCACUCUGCUUAAAAGUUGGAUGAUAGAAAACAAUUUUACUUUUUUUAGGUUGAUUGUAAUCAUGUUGUUCCACUACUUUAAUCGUUAAAAAAAUUUUUUGUUGUAAUCAUGUUUCCUUUUUCUAUAAAUACGUAAAAAGAACUUCUUGCUAUUUUUAUCUACCAAAGGAGAAUGUAAAGUUGUUUAUACUCCCUGAUACUUUGAGAAAAUGCAUUAGUAUUUCUUGAAUAUGAAACAGAACUUCAAUCACAUGAGUGUAGAAACACGGCUUUAGGCAGGUAUUUGAAAAAGAUUAUAUCUUAAUUUUGAAACUACCUAGGGAAUAUAUAAGCACUAAAGUCACAUUUAAAUAGAUUUAUUUUCUUUCUCUGGCAUUAAAUUACAGAACACAUAUCAUUACUUUCAUAAUCUGACUUUCAAAAUUUACUCACCUUUUACACCAUGUUGAUUAACUCAUUUCCUACACAAAGGAGUAAGUGUUUUGAAUUUGGUGUACAUUGUAUUUUAUUGAGGAAAGAAUGGCAUGUUCCAAUUUUAUACUAUAUUCUUUAAGCUGCUUAUGACUUACUAACAUUACUAACAGAAUUUAAAAAAAAAACCCUCUUGAUUUCUUGGGACAUAAAGGGAGUAUAAAGGACCUUUAUAAUCACAACAUGACAUAACUUUUUCUUCCUGAAUUUUCAUUCAAAUGCUUAUUUGUAUAUUUUAUCUUGAAAAAAUGUGAGUAGGAUUUUGUCUGUCAUGUAUGUACAUUAAAAUCAGAGUAUUAUUUGAAGUGUUCUUUAAUGUAAAAGUAUUUAAAAGAAGUUCAUGCUGUAUUUAGCAUUUCAAAUUAGUAUAAUUCUUGGGUAUAUUCAAUAUAGAUAAUAUUUUAAACACAUUUAUGUUAAAAUUUAGUGUUCCUAUUGAUUUAAUAUGGAAUCUCUUAUACCUCCAAUGCUGUCAAGUUCCUUGAACGUAUGUGCUAUCUGGCUGCUUAAACAGUUAAUAGCUGAUUAUAAUGUCUGUGAGUGUAACUACUUUUACUGGUAAUGAGAGAUGUUACUUUAAGUACAAUAUUAUAUUGCAAAAGAUAAUUGUAGAAAAAUGUUAAAAAUUAAAAUUUACCUUGGUACAAGUUAUUCACAUAGAACAAUUUUACAGUUCUACCACAUUUCUUUCUCAUAAAUUAAAUAUUUUGUUUAAUUCAUAUCAUUCCCAAGAAUGUCAAAAUUGAGCCAAUUUAGUGUACCCCUAAAGUCAUUGCCCUGUAAGUAUCAAGAUAUACUAAAAGUGUGAGUUUCUAAAAUCCAGAGUCUCAGUUUACUUGUAAAUAAAAUAAUGAAACUCAAGAAAGUGAAUCAGGAGUGUAAAUGUCCUAUAACAAACUGCCAUAGCUUCAUUAUCAUUUGUGUAUGUACUUAUUAUGUAAAUGCAUUUAAAAUGAUAUGUCAUGGCUACCUCGAUCUCUCAGUUUCUGUACACUGUGUGAGUUAAGGGAGAAUACUUCAUAUUUCUUUCACUGUGUGCCCAUUCCUUUGUGACUGUAAAGAGAAAAUCUCCUCAUCACCCCUUUGUAUGUAUGAAGAAGAAAUAUCUUGGAAUAAUUAUCCAGAAUCUCUUUAAAGCAUUCCUCAAUGGUUUUGUGUGUCGUCUUUGCAGAAGAUGAAAAUAGAAACUUUAUUUUUAAAGCUGUAAGUUAUUCCAUCUCUCAGAAUGCAGCUUCUGUGAGAAAGGAACUUCUAAAUUGAUUUCUUUCCUACUCUUUGUGCUAAAAUAUUUACCCAUAAAGGCCAAUGAGGAUUGGAAAUAAACAGUGUUUAAAAUUGGGCCAUCAAUGAAAAUGGAUUUUAAUUUUGUCUAUUUAACUGUCCUUCAUCUAUUCUUUGCUUGUGUUUAAAGGAAUAAUAUUUCCAUUUGAGAAUAAUAUGGAAGGCAUUGUAGCUAGCUUUUCACAGAAGCCAAGCAGGAUUAAAAUUUGCAUUUCCUGCUUGUUUCCAUCUUACCAGUUAAAAUAGUGGCACUUGUAGUUUAGUUGAUGCUAUUAUUAUAUGUUUCUAACCCCUUGUGUUGGCAUUAAUGGCCACUUGGAAUAUUCUCAAUGAAGUGUCCUUGGCAGUCUCUGUGGUUCUUAUUCUAGUCAAUGAAUAGAAAAAGACAGAAAGAUACCAAAUCUUAAGAUUAGUAUUGUAGAUAUAAAAAACUUUUUGUGAACUUAAGUUAUUGAAUCAGAAGUAGACUGAUUAGCUACAGCAUACUUUAUACUUUCUACCCAGCAAGCAUUCUAAGAAAUACUAAUUUUAAAUUAAAAUCUCUAGUACAUAAAUUGAAAAUAAAACAGUGAAAUGCAUUCCUUCAUUUUACUUUAAAUAUAAAACUUUAUUUUUAAAUUUAAGACAUUUAAAAAGAAUAUUUGGACAAUAUUUAUUGUUUAUUUUGGACAAUAUUUUAUGUUCAAUGAUUUAAGUGUACCAUUAUAAAACAAUUUAAAUUUCAUAUGUUAAGUAGUCUUUAAUGUAUAUGUAUUCUGUUUUUUCUGUUGACUACCCUGUCUAUAUUACCAAUGAAAAUGCAUGCACUUCAGAACAACCCUUAAACACUGAACUUUGAUUUAAUCAGGUAACCACUAUUUUGUGCAAUAUUUACUAUUCAUUCCAAUAUAAAAUACUACUGCCUCAUUUUCCUAUUUUAUCCCCUAUGAUCCUCACUGUUUAAUUAGGUGUUGUAAUUGUACAUCUAGCUGAGUGUGAUGUGAAGCCUGAUAUCAACUGCAAUGCUACAGACGCAGACCUUAUGAACUCUCAUAUGACUAAAGCCACACUCUGUAAAUGCUUCCUGUAGGUGCUCUUGUGUAAAGACAUUUUCUUAGAUGUUGUGGAGUUUACUCUUUGUUUAUUUGAAGUAUUAUUUAGUUUUCUAGCAUAUUCAAAGGUGCUGUGAUAACUGAAAACUGUAUGUGUUAUACAAAUCACUAUUUAAGAAAAAGAACUAUGUGCAAUUUGUUUUUUCACUCAUUAAGGGUGUUCAUGAGAUUUGUGAUUUAAUGGGGUAUUUAUAAUUAGGAAUAGACUUCAAAAAUUCUAGAGUAGCUAUAGGCUUUUAUUUUAUUAUACAUGCAAAACACAAUCAUUUAAGAAAAAUUCAGAAAAUUGCAGAUAGAUUUUAGAUGAAGAAUUUUAAAGUUAUUUGUUUUUAUUGCCAUUUAUGUAAGUAAAUUCUUUAUAACUUACUUAGUAAUUCUGUUUGAAGGCUCUAUAACUUUUGGAAGUGGUGCAUUUUAAUCUUACAGUAUUAUUCUCUUCAUUUUAUAUUAUGAACUGCACAAGAUUUUUUACACUUAUUGAAUAUCAACAUAUUUAUUAUGCAUAUUAUUUAUUUUUAUAGAUGUGUGAUUGGACACAAUCAUGUAAUAGCAUAGUUUGAUUAGUUGGCAGUGUAAUACAGAGGCAUGCUACAUAUCUCUACCAUAAGAUUAACUUCCCUUCAGGUAAAAUAUCGUUUUCAUUAAAAAACUUUUUUAAUUAAUAAGAACGCCAUCUUCAUUUCCGCCACACUUUCCUUUAUCAGGCACAACCAAGUAAUUUAAUUAUUUCCAAGAAUUCUUACAACCAACUCUUUUACCUCUUCCAUAUUAUAGAUUUUCUCAAUUAAAAUUACUUAAACUGUACCUUUUUAGAUAGCUAAUUAUUCACACAUAUACACAUUCUAUCCAAUUAGAAAUAAAACUUUUUUAAGUGGAAAUAUCACAUUUCAUUAGAAUUCAGUUAGUCAAAUUUGCAUAAUAAUGAAAAUGAAGUAUUUCAAUGAGUUUCUUGGAAACAUUUACAAUUCCUUAUACUUUAGCUUUAUAUUUAUUGAUUAUUCACUUAUUUAUUUCAUAAAGCAUUACUCACUUUGAAAGUCAAUGUUUCUAAAAAUUUUCAUUAUUUUACCUCAAAACUUGAUGAGAACAUUAAAUGACAAAAUAACACUUUAAUUUUACACUUAAUUAGGGAAAAGUUUAAAAAUAAUGCUUUUACCCUGUUCAGUCACAGUUAAAAGUAAACAAAUGUGCAAUUCUGAUAAAAGUACUUUUACAGAAAUGCAUAAAAUACUUUAACAUGUAUCUACUUGUUUUAUUGCAUAUUAAUUCUAACUUAAUUACAUAAUCAAUGUAGAUCACCAUUUCAAUUAUGCGUUAUUAAAAGAGAAUUAAUCAUAAACAUUGUUAUCUUGCACAACAAAAUUUCCAGGAAUUCAAUUACAUAGCUCAAAGAGUUGUUCAGUGUCACAAGCUUGAAGUAAUUGAAAAUUUAAAAAAUUUUGACCAGCUCUUUUGGCAUGUAAACACAUAGAUUUAUUUUCAAGAAAGGCUUGCAUGAACUCUGGAAAAUUAGUCUAUGAGCCCCUAAAUGAGAAAUCAUAUGAUUAUUUCAUUAUUAUUUUCAAUCAUUUGAUCACAGUCACUCAAAACUCAUUGUCUGAAUCUAGAGUAGUUGAUGUUUAACAACAAAGUUCCACAAGGUACUACAAUUCAACUUUACAUUUAUAAAUUUUAUUUGUUUAUAAUGUUACACACACAUUCAUUUCAAAAUUAUAGAAAUUAUAGGGAAUAUACAAUUAAGAUUUAGGUUUGGAAACUGAAACAUAAGCUUUUAUCUCAUGUCUAGAAAUAAAAAAAAAACUUAUUUGUGUGCCUAAAGGAAAAUUGAUUUUAAUUUUAUGUUGAAGUAAUUAUAAAAUAGUUUGACUAAAAUGGAUUAGUAUAUGUAUAAACAUACAUAUGUCUGCAUAUAUGCAUGUAUGUGUUUGUAAAAUUUCUAUCAGAAAACAGUGAUAGAAACUUCAUUUUAAAGAUAGCUUGGUCUAAGAUGACACAUCUACAUUUACAGUGAUAUUGUCUCCUUUUAAAGCGUUAUGUCCCACUUUAAACUAUAAUCAUCCUUUAUCCCUUAUAUCAUCCAAUAUAUCAUCUUUCAUUUGGUGAAGCUCCUGUCAUAUUAAGUGCAUUCUGAAUAUGUGCUCAUAUGAUUUUUUCCUUUUAAACCAUGUUACCUGGCUGUAAUAUAAUAGCAGUGUGUCUCUUCAUCAUGUUUCCCUGUUCUGAAUGAUCAAUGUCCAAUAAUAUUAAAGUAUACAUGAAAAAAUUAAAUUCCUUUUUGUUAUCUACAUACUAGUGUAUGUUCUUCCUCUCCUGUACAUCAGAAAGCAAAGACAAAUUAUUCUUCAGUAAUAGACAACUUCUGCUAAGUUAAUAUGACUAAAAUAUAUCCACGUAAAAGUCCAUUAAAUCAAUCCUCUUUAUUUUGCAUUAAUACCUUUCUUAAUUGUAAUACUUGUGAAAAUAGAAGAGAUAUGUAGCUUGCUGUUAAUUCUCUGUACAAUGUCAAAUUUUCAGUUUCAGCUUUCUAUAGUAUUAUAGGUCUAAUUCAUGUUUUCACCCAUCAUCAUUUAUAUGCAUACACACCUUACUAUGUAUAUGUACAUGCACACAUUUUUGUAGAUUAUGGAUUGACAUGCAUCAUAGGAAUAAUUGAGGAUAUCAUAUAGAAAAUGUGUACAAUUUAAUGUAAUUUCUGUUUCUGAGUGGAGUUAGUACUAAGAAUGGUAUUUGAAGAAAAACUGUAACAUUAAAAUUGUGAAGAUUCAAAAUUCAAGUGGACACAUAACAGUCACCUUAAAAUUUUUGCUUUUCUUUGUAUUUUGUAGCUGUGAUUUUAAAAAAGAAUAAACAGGUUUUGUGUGAAUAAAUUAGAAUGAAUAUUAUAGAGCAUCUUUCAACUGGAAUACAUGUAGACACUAACACCUGGUUGUAUUUUAUGUAAUUUUGAUGCAUAAAGUGUGUAUAAUCUGUAUUAAGUGAAUAUCUAUAAAUAAAGUUGUUUCUUCAUUGCAAUAA